UAAAGUCUGUCAGAGAACUUGUAUGUACCCUAUGGGAAAAACGGAAACAAAGUACAUCUGAGGAGUACAGAGGAGUAUAAAAGAUGUGGAUCCUGCGACCCCUACCCAAACGGUUCCCCUACUCAAUAUCCCCCACGAGGGUCCCCUUAGGAAUGACAAGUAUCGUAGAGGGGGGCCCCAAGAACGCGUAUGUUACUCACACUGACCGUAACACUUGAGUACCAGAGAAGUUGAUUAUUACUAAAGACUAUUCUUAUUUGGGACGAACCUUGAUUCUGAAGAAUUUUCGUGUAAAUCAGAAAGAUUGUUUGAAGUAACAUUAUUAAUGGGGAUACAGGACACUGUAGAGGUCGUAGACGAUCGGCCCAAAUGGAUGAUCAACUUGGAAAAUCGCAAGAGAAAGCCUCGACUGGCUCACGAAGCUGGAGCUGGUGCACCAUGCCUGAUUUGCAAGACUAGUUGUCCCGGAUUAGAUCUUCACUUCUGGAGAAAAAUUUGUAAAAUCUGCAAGUGCAGUAGGGAUGAUCAUGAUGUUGAUGAUGAUGAAUUUCCACAAUUUGAUCUCCUGUUAGGACCCAGUGGCAGACCAAAGAAAAAAGCAACAUUCCUACGUGUUCCUAUUAAAAAAUUAUCAGAAAAUGAAAUGCCCUUUGAAUGGAUUCCACCGGAUACGACAAAAGAACUCGCAACAGACUACAUGAAAGCUCUUCCUGAGGAUAAAUUGCCAAUAAAGGGCUCAGCAGGUGCAGCACUGAGAAGACAACAACUUCAAAAACAAUUCCCAAUACAUGAUAUUGAUCACAAAGCUUGUGACGAACUUAGUGAAGAAGAAAGAAAACAAUUUGAGAAAUACUUAGAAAACCUAAAGAAAUACGUAGGCCAGGGUACAGUGAUAAAGAUGAUGGGUGCCCGGCCGUACAGUGCAUCUUUAAUGGCUAGGUCAAAUCCCCCUGAGACACAGCGUAUUGAUUCUCAGCAAGUACAUCAAAUUAGUGCUGGGCAAUCCCUAAAUUUAAGAACACCUAGCAGUUUCGUUCCAAAAAUACCACCAUUACCGUCUACAGAUGCAAUGUAUAAUCAGCAAUUCGAACUCUAUGACAACACAAAAUCCAACUUAAUUCACCUGGCAGAGAAUACCCCACAGUUACCGUGGCGAUCAGAAGAAUGCCCUCAUGUUCUUGCAAAUGUACUGAACGAUGCACAAAUUGCAAUGUCUGGGAAAAUCGAUGGGGGCACCUACAAUCCUGCACAAUAUUUUCCAUAUCUUGGUAAAAUUGGCAACCAGGAGUAUGAAUUGGCAUCGGAAUUGAAGGAUUCGAAUGCGCAUGUACCACAGAGGACUCACUUUACAGGGAAGAUGGAAAGUAUUCCACAGCAGCAAACUGACAUGUCUACAACAGGAGUCAAAGUAGAAACUAAUCCAGUGAGACAAUUUGCUCAAGAAGAAAUUGUUCCAAUAGGAACAAAACAAUCGUCUCACAAUAUUGCACGGUCAGAUACUCUUAAUAAUAACGAGAACUAUUCAAAAAUGACAGGAUCUCCUUAUGAAACGCAAACUGUUCGUGUGCAGCAAACUCCUGGUAAUCUUAUUGAGAAUUCCAAAUUACGUGGAAGCCAGUACUGUACUAACGCUAUUCUCACAGAAGAUAAUCCUGAAUUAAUUGAAGUAACUGGCGACCAAGAGGAUAUUGAGAAAAAAUUGAUUGCUAUAUUACAAGCAAAUCUUCCUGAUCAUAUGAAAAAUGAAAGAAUCCUACCUGAAAACACGGCUGAAGAAAGUUCUAGAUUAGCUGAGGAAAUGCUGAACGAAGCAUUACUUCCACCAAGUGCUGUUCACAAUAAAGAGAUCAUUGGAAGUACUCUGGAUAGGAAUGAGUUGAAGUAUAUUCAAGAAAAACUCAGUGCUAAGUAUAGUAAAGAUGAUCCAAUUCCUCAUAAUACAAUUAGAUCGGAAGAGCUUCAUUCAAGAAGUCCACAGCAUAUAUAUAACCUGAGUAAGAUUAAGGAGUCACAAUCGAAAAAUAUACCAUUCUCUGUUGAUAAGGAAGCAGAACGUGCUGCCAUAAUUGCUGCCAUGAGAAAUCCUUCAGGAACCUUAUCAUCAGAAGAAAUUUUAGAAAAAAUGGCUCCCAAGUAUUCAAGCCCUCUUCGGGAAGGAGAAUAUCUUCAACAUCAAAAAUAUAAUGUGCCACUAAAUAACAUCCAUUAUCCUCAACAUACGGAACCCUCUUUACAGCAACAAUUCCAUGAUCAAGAAUUACGACCAAUUCCAGACAGCUUACCACCAAUUUCAGGACAGUCAGUUUAUUCUAACGUCCAUAAUCAACAACGAGAAAUCAAACCCCAACAGCAUCAAUGCAAUCCAGGAAUGGAUAUAAAUUCCUCUACUCUCCCAUACCAAGCACAAGCACAGUACUCUGAGAAUUGUAAGCCUAACAAAAACAGAAACAUCAAUGAUCCUUUGCAAUUGAACCAAGAACGUCUUGUGCCACAUCAAUUACAAGCAGAAUUGAGUUACUCUCCGGUACACUCCAAUGUAAUCCAUUCCGAAUCAUUAAAAAAUCCUGUAUUCCCCGAAGGAAUGGUCGGUGCACCUCAGCUAGCACAGAAUCCAUCUUCAGUGGACCAACUUCGUGGAGCGAUGGAGCAAUUAAGUGUAAUGCCUAUUCAACAAAAGUGUCAUCAGUGUCAGGAACCCAUACAUGUCGGGGACGUUGUGGUUACUGCACAAAUGGCUAAAGAUGCUGUUUGGCAUCCUGGAUGUUUUGCCUGCUCAAUAUGUAAUGAACUUCUAGCUGAUCUCAUUUACUUUUAUCACACUGGGAAACUUUACUGUGGAAGAGACUUAGCAACACUUUUGCAAAUUCCACGAUGCUUCGGUUGUGAUGAGCUAAUUUUUGUACGAGAAUAUACAGUGGCUGAAGGACAUAAUUAUCACGUGCGUCAUUUUUGCUGUUGGGAUUGCGAUAUGCCUUUAGCUGGACAACAGUAUAUUUCAGAAAAUGAUCGUCCACUUUGUCUACCUUGUUAUCAGAAAACGUAUGCAAAGACCUGUAGUACCUGCAUGCAAGUUAUUGCAGCAGAUCAACAAGGAGUAGCUGUUAAGAAUUUAGAUUUUCAUGCUACCGAUAAGUGUUUCUGUUGCUUUACUUGUAAAAAGAGCUUACUAAAUGGCAAAAUGGCAAUUAAGGAGGACAAACCAUUUUGUAGUAAGGAAUGCAUAAUGCAGUUCAUGAGCCAAAAAGCUUAGUAAUGGUUAAUGGAGCUUUGUACGAAUAGACUGAUCAAGAACAAUUUAUUUUGAAUACUGCCAAGGCACUGUAUUUUCUACUCUAAUUGUAAGAUAUAUCGCUUGUUUGUUUAAUAUAAACAAAAGAAUUCAAAGUAAGAUGGGUCAGAAAUAAUCUUCUAUUAUAUAGAUAUAUUAUUUUUUCGUAAGUUUGAAAUAUUGAAACAAAAUCUCAUCUGAUUUUUGUUUAUUGUGUAAACAGAUAUGCAUAAAAUAAUCCGCAAUGCAAUGUAUAUUUUAACCAUUCAAAAUCUUCCUAUUUGCUGCAAUUAAAGCAGCCUUAGUUAAUACAAAAAUUUAACUACUUCCAAAAGUAGUCAAUUUACUCCACAUGAAUGUAGAGUUCCUAAUAAAUAUUUUUAUUAUAUUCUACUAAAA